AUGCCACAAAACGGCAUCCAAGUUUGUGAGGUUUUUGACGUAUGGGGGCUAGACUUCAUGGGCCCUUUUCCGACCUCUUUUGUUAACCGCUACAUCCUAGUCGCUGUUGAUUACGUUACAAAGUGGGCUGAAGCACAGGCUUUGCCUACUAAUGAUGCGAGGGUAGUGGUGAGGUUUUUGAAAAAGUUGUUUGCUCGCUUUGGUGCCCCGAAGACGAGUGGACAGGUCGAGGUUACUAAUCGGGGUAUCAAGCGGAUUCUGGAAAAGACGAUUAAUUCUAGCCAUAAAGAUUGGCCCGAGAGAUUGGAUGAUGCACUGUGGGCUUUUCGGACAGCCUACAAGACUCCUAUAGGUACCACACCGUUUAAAUUGGUCUAUGGGAAGUCUUAUCAUUUGCCUGUUGAACUCGAGCACAAAGCAUAUUGGGCUUUGAAGACAGUUAAUCUUGAUAUGGCUGCUGCGGGUGAGAACAGGUUUGUGCAGAUUCACGAGAUUGAGGAGCUUAGGCACGAUACGUAUGAAAGCUCCAAGCUUUACAAGGAACGUACUAAGACGCUCCAUGAUGCCUGCUUGAAGGACAAGAAAGAAUUCCGAGUGGGCGAUCGUGUGUUGUUGUACAACUCACGUCUCAAGUUGUUUCCUAGUAAGCUCAAAUCUCGUUGGUCGGGUCCCUACACUGUACGAUCAGUGUUUCCUUACGGGACUGUGGAGAUAGGCCAUGAGGAUGGCAGGUUGUUUAAAGUCAACGGGCAUAGGCUAAAGGCUUAUGUUGGAGGGCCCGUUGACCCGAGUGUGGAGGUUGUUACCCUCCACCCCAAGAACAAAUGA